UACAGUACCUAAUAGUGCUACGUAGUAUAGGUAACUUUAGCCCUGCCAUGUCAUUAUUUCCGGCUUAUUCAGCUGCAGUUACCGAUAGCUCUGAUGCAUCUGUUCCAGCGAAACCGGAUGAUCUGCACUGGUUAACCAAUCAGAGUUUUAUCGCUUUCCCAAUCGACCAACCUGCUCCCGCUUCUGGUGCGGAUCGCUCCUGUUCUGCCGAAUCCAGUAGUCAGCAGCAGCAGCAGCCUGCCACUGCUACUCGCAAGCGUAAACAGAAAAAGAAACGAAAAAAGCACAAAACACAUCACAGCGGUUCAGAGGAUGAAGCAGAUAAAAAGAAGGGAGUUGCUCAGAAGCCAGUUCGUGUUUCAGAAGAGGAAUUCUACACGGAUUUAGAAGGUUUGCGAAUCUACCUCACCGUGGAUACGUUGCACAAACCAGCUUGUCCUCGUUACAAAUUAGGACCGUAUCGUUUUAAUUCUCAAUCGCCCAAUCGUAAAAACGGAAGAAAACUGCGAUAUUUUAAAUAUCUUAAACCCUUUAAUAGCUUAGACGUGCGCAGGAAAGCCAUAUCUUUAGAAAAGGAAUCAGAGCUUGAAAAGGCAGCAAGAGAUGACAAUUCCGUAGCAAAAUGGAUAGAAUACUUUCACUAUAAAGUAGACAACCCAGUUCAUAUGGAUAGCUAUCAGAAUCAUAAAGCAGAGCUGAGUAUCGUUGAAAAAGCUAUGCGACAGCACCCGGACAACAACGAACUUCUCACAUUGUGGCUAGACCAAAUUGUGAAAGUAUUUCCAACGGACGAAGUGCUAGAAAUGAUCGAACGGUUGAUUUCUAAAGACAACACAAAUGUCCUACUGUGGGAUGCACUGAUUGCAAAUAAGCAAGGAGCGAUGGCUCAAUGCAUAGCUCCCAAUGUGCUUCGUCUAUAUGAGAAGAGCAUACGAUCGCUAUUCUUAGCAAAACGCAGCGAUGAAGUUAUGCUAAAAUUUUUCAAAAAAUGCUCGCUGUUCUGUAGACAGUCAGGUUUGUGGGAAAAAUUCUUUGGAUUAGUUCAACUGACAGUUAGCUUGAACAUGAGUACGGAGUUCGCUAACAAAAAACAGCUAUUUGCGUCACCAGAGCACUACACUCAACUGAUUGAAUAUGAAGAACUGAUUCUGAAGUCUGGAUUACCCAUGAAUGAAAUAUGGUUGAGAAUCGAGAAGCUACGCGGCGCUUUUCAUUUUCUGCCGUUUGAGGGAGCAAAAAUGUGCGGUGACCCACAGAGAAUGAUUCUACAAGAGGACAUUGUAGGGUUUGUUUACCCUCUCAUCAAUCGUGAGUAUACAUUUGAUCUGGCCAUUUUGAUACUGAAGCUGAUGAAGUAUCCAUUCGAAAGUAACGCAUUCGAAAGGUGCAGUUUUUUCAAACCAGAAGCAUAUGAAGCAGACCAUUCGGAGCAGCUGUUGCCCUUGUUUCUUGAAAUUAAUAGAAACACAAAAUAUGAUAUCACCGUUUUAAGUCUAAUCAAAGAGUUAAACACGCCUCCAUCGUAUAUAAACACUAAUCUGGCCUUUGAAUCAUACCUCGAUCUAAUGCGCGAACUGAUUGUCGCAUUAUCGGUGCACUUCACUGAUGAAAAGCAUGCCAUAUUAUUGCUACUGUAUCUUAAACUAGAGCGAAUUUUGAUUGUUUUCGAUAAAAUAUCCGAUUCUCUCAGCGAAUCACGCAAGAAAUCCUGUAGAAGCCGUGUUAAGAAUUUGCUGAAAAAGAGCAAUAAUCCAAACAAUCUCCGUUUCUAUAUUGAGUACGGGCUUAUCGAAUACGAAAUGGAAGGCUGGGCUGAAAGCUGCAUAAAAAUUUUCAACAUUUCAGCUCAAGUUUUCUUUCAAAAUGAUGCUUCAUCAGAAGAUGACCUGUUUGCUCUGAUACUCAGUGUCACGGAUAUCUUAAUAAAAGAAAAGAGGAAGGAGCAGGCAGUUUACCUGCUAACGACACUGGCCUUAAAUCCCAGUAAGAUACGGUUUGAUGAAACGUUCGAAACGCCAAGUGAUCCGGUAAAACUUCUCGCAUUACAGAAGUUCAACGAACGUGCAGCUCGUCUAUUAAUGGAAGAAGAUCAGAUAGAAUGCAUCCCACUGGAAUAUUACUUCACGGCCAAUCCUUUAAUCAACGCCAUAAAGGCAUACCUCUACUGUCUUGCUCUAGUUAAAUCCACAACAGAAACCAUAAAGAAGCUUGAAGGUUUUCUAUUCCAAUUCAACAAUACAGCCGAUCAGAGACACCUUUUCGUCCGUGAACACUUAUACGAAAUCUAUUUGAAAAUUCUAACUUUUCGUAUCGAAGAGUUCACGAAUAAUUCUUUGCUACAAGCGGUAGAUCGCGUGUUACAUGAAUUCCCGGAAAAUAUGACCGCAAUUCGAUUCUGUGCAUUCUUGGACACAAUCUCCUGGUUUCAGAUUCGAACCACUUUAGGCAAAUAUCUGACCGUUCGUUCAGUGCUUCUAUUGACAGUGACCGGUCGUACCCGCAGUUCGUACGACAUAAACGACCCAGACGGUGAACAGUUACCUCGACAGACUUAUAAGCGUCGACUGUUAAAUUUGCUUAAGCAUAGCGUCCGACGGGAGUCCACAUUGCGACAGAAUGCCCUCCUGUGGAGGCUCUACCUAAGAGAACUUUUUGAUCAACCCAGCAGUGUGAAUCCAGCCGCUACCACGAACGGUCAGGACAAUGUGCUGGAACAGUGUCGUAAAACGUUGUACAUGGCUCUGGAGGCAUGUCCGUGGAAUAAGGCACUCUAUUUGGAUGGAGCGUUUUUUGCACCGCAGGAGCUUUCCCACCUGCUGGAUUUGCUGAUGGAAAAACAGCUCCGGAUACACGCGAUACCGGAAGAACUGGAGAUACUGCGGAACGAGUGAUUGAAAAAUAGGCACCCUAUUUUUGCAGGGGUGUAAACUAACAAUACGA